AUGAAGUCGCUUCAUCAAUUGACUCGCCGUAAGGCACUCGCUAGUUUGGCCGCUCCUCGUGUGCGAUCCCAGAUCCCCGCGACCAACCGGCUAUGGCAAAGAUGCUUCAGUGCCACCCCCAUGACCGCGUCGCAAGCCGCUGGGGUAGACGCUUCCAAGCUCACGAUCACCAAGACCACCACGCCCAAGGAGCUGACUCCGGCAAAAGACCUCGUGUUUGGAAAGACCUUCACCGACCACAUGCUCUCGAUUGAAUGGACAGCCGCGAAUGGUUGGCAGACUCCUCGUAUCGUCCCUUACCAGAACCUCAGUCUGGAUCCAUCCGCCUGCGUGUUCCACUAUGCGUUUGAAUGUUUCGAAGGGAUGAAGGCCUACAAAGACAGCAAGGGCCAAAUCCGACUAUUCCGCCCUGACAAGAACAUGGAGCGCCUGAACAAGUCCACGUCACGAAUUGCGCUCCCUACCAUUGAUGGCGAUGCGCUGACGAAACUGAUCGGAGAGCUUGUGAAGUUGGACAAUCGGUUUAUUCCCGACGCCCGCGGAUAUUCGCUGUACCUGCGUCCCACUGUGAUCGGGACGCAGAACACCCUCGGCGUUGGGCCUCCAGGAUCGGCUCUGCUUUUCGUCAUUGCUAGUCCUGUCGGUCCGUACUACCCCACUGGUUUCAAGGCCAUCUCGCUCGAGGCGACCGAUUAUGCGGUCCGUGCUUGGCCCGGUGGUGUUGGUGACAAGAAGCUGGGCGCCAACUAUGCUCCCUGCAUUGUGCCGCAGCUGAAGGCUGCCUCUCGUGGAUUCCAGCAGAACCUGUGGCUCUUUGGCGAGGAGGAGUAUGUGACUGAGGUUGGCACUAUGAACCUGUUUAUUGCCUUGAAGAACAAGGAUGGUCAGAAGGAGCUGGUGACUGCUCCCCUCGACGGUACUAUCCUGGAGGGUGUUACCCGAGACUCCGUGCUGGGCUUGGCCCGCGAGAGACUGGUGCCCAAGGGUUGGACCGUGUCCGAGCGCAAGAUCCGGAUGUCGGAGAUUGCUGAGGCGUCUGAGGAAGGACGACUCAUUGAGGUGUUCGGAUCCGGCACUGCUGCUAUUGUGAGCCCUGUGCGGUCUAUCAGCUACCGCGGGAAGUUGGUGGAAUGUGGGCUCAAGGAGAACGAAGAAGCCGGCGAGAUUGCUUCCCAGAUGAAGAACUGGAUCGAGGGCAUCCAGUAUGGUGAUGAGGAGCAUCCUUGGAGUUACGUUCUGUAA